AAAUUUACACCAAGAACGGGUCCCGGAAAUCGAAUUCAUCGUUUGCAGCAUCUCCUGAGCCAGGCGGGGCGAGUGCUGAGGAGCUAGCCGCCAAGGAAAACAUGACCGAGAACGGCAGCGGGGUGGCCAAAUCCGCAUCCUUCCUGGACGUGCGCAGCGUUGAGGAUGCGGCCGGAACCCCUCCCCUCAAGCGAUCCAAGCUGAACACGGUGGUAAAUUUGCUGGAGGCUAGGACGGCUGUACAGGAGCAUGAGAACGAAGUUGCGGAAGUUGUCAUCGUGUGCGAGCCGGAGCAGGCCUCCCUCAUGAUGGGCGGCCUGCACCCACGCGGCUCUCUGUUUGAGCGCCCGGUCAACAUUGAUACGGCCAAGCAGCAGCACGGGGAGUUCCGCAAGGUUCUUCGCGAGCACGGUGUCCGUGUGUUGACGGUUCGUGAGAUCCUGGCCUACCAGGUGGAUACGAACAUGUCUGCCCGGGUGGACUUGGAGGAGCUGGCGUUCGGGGCACUCACGUACGAGAUGGCGCCGGGACACGAGCUCGUGGCACUUGCGGAGGCGGACCGUCAUUACCUGUCCGACGCGUACAAGCGCGAGGUGAUCAGCCACAUGAGUACGACACAGCUGAUCGAUACGGUGAUGACCAACCCCACUGUAUCGCUCCUGCCAUCGUACCGGGACACGGGUCUUACUGCGUCGUACAGAUUCGAGCCCCUGUCCAACCUUGUCUACACUCGCGAUCAACAGAUCACCACCUGCAAGGGCACUGUGAUGGGUCGCCUCCGCAGCGCACAGCGGCAGCGGGAGGUGUAUGUGAUGCGCUUCUGCUUUAACAAGCUGGGCAUGGCGGUGGCGGGAGAGAUUCGCGACCCGGGUUUCCUAGAGGGCGGCGACUUCUUCCCCAUGGGGCCCGACCUGGCCAUGGCGGGCAUUGGACUUCGCUCCAACCUGGCUGCGUGCAAGCAGCUCAUGGACGAGGACCUGCUAGGUACUCGCCGCUUUGCGGUGGUGCGGGAUGACUUCGACCAGCACCAGGAUCGCAUGCACCUCGACUGCGUAUUUUCCGUGUUGUCGGACACGUGCUGCAUCAUGUUGGCCGACAUCAUGGGGGAGGACUCCCCGACUCGCCGACUGGUGGAUGAGUACACGCGGGACCCCGAGACUGGAAAGUACAAACUGACCAGGGAGGGUAUUGAGUUCUCCGCCUUCAUCUCUGGCGAGGGCUACCACAUCAUCCCCAUCUCCAACGAGCACCAGCUGCAGUACGCCUGCAACGUGCUCAACCUGGGCGACUCAAGGAUCAUCUCGGUGCACGCGCAGAGCGCCCGCCAGAUUGUAAGGGACCCGCACUUCACUGGCGACGUGCAGGCGAGUAGCACCCGGUGUGCAUGUGGUUGCCCUUGA